UGGUUGUUGGAUUCGUACAACACUCAAAUACUUAUCAUGGUAUUUCUGGCUAUAGUGUCUAUGCUACUUGCCGGUUUCCUUGCAUACCACACCAAACUUUGUGUCACAAAUACUACAACAAAUGAGACUUUCAAAUGGCAAGAAUAUUUAAACUGGAAGAGGAAAGUCAAUGAAGCAAAGGCAAGUGCAGCAGCUCUCAAAUCAAGUUUAGGUGAAUUGAACCAGGAAAUGAUGCGCCCUGUGAGCAAAUGGAAGGCCUUCUUUCGGAGGUCCCAUCUGGAAGAAGUGGAGGUGGUUAAGAAUAACAUUUACGAUAAAGGACUGCUCCAGAAUGUCUCUGAGAUUGUAAUUCCUCUUUCAACAAGACGUUCAUUCAUACAGAGGAAAUCAAAAUCAGGUUAGAAUUGUCAGUUGGUGACCCAUAUUCCAUUGGGGCUUGAUAGCUCAUCUUAGUCCAAGUCUUUAGUCUAAUGGUCGUAAACACCGACGAGAAUGCUCUAAAUGUGAAGUACGCUCGAUUCUAUCAGAACCUAUUACAAGUAUCGACAAGUCAUCUACCUUUACUCUUGGAUGGGCACGGUUAAUGCAGUUUAAUUGCACGUGGUGAAAGGAUUGGAGGGGUUCUGAGGAAGGGGUUUAAGUGCCAGUAGUGGUGUUUGCUUCCUUUUAUUUGCUGCGGCUGCAGCUGUUGAAGGGAAGUGCUUACUGUUCCUUUUGGUGCAUUCUGAUUACUACUGGUGCAGCCUGGGUUUCUUCUUAUUUCUAGGAUAAAUUUCAAUCCUACUUUAUUUAACUUUUUAUAGCUCUUCGCUGCUUAGCAGCAAAUUUUUACUUGUACUAUGUAAUACGACGAGAAUGAGUGCCUGGUAUAUGUUGCAAUCCAUUGUCUCAUGUGUCCACCAGCUGUGGAACUGGAACUCGGUAGAACUCAAAUAAAUUUUGUGCUCAUGUAGCGGAAAAAGAGAGAAUGUUACCCAGCAGCUUAA